UUUUUAUGUUAUGAAUAUUCUCUUCUCAAGGAAUCAAUUUAUCGAUAUUUAUUUUAUUUUUGGAGUCUAGAUUUGUCAAACAUAGUUUUUAUAGAUAUUUGCUUAGGUACUAAACACGCGAGUACAUAAGUAGACAGGGUAGGGACAUCAUCCCAUCAUUCAUCAUCUUGAAAAAUGAAGGAAGGAUACCCAAUACGAUUAAACCAAUUUGAUGAAACAACCAAAUUAAAUUGUUCAAACACAAUGCAAAAACAAAACGCAGGAAAUUCGCACUUGCGUUGUUUGAUGUUUUUUCCCUCCCCGUCCCUAGGCUCGCGCGCAAUUAUAUCUGUCAAAAAUUGUUUAUUGUUAGGUUACAAAUUGGGAAAUCUAACUAAAAAUGGAUCUUUUUAUAUCAAAAUUGUGUUUCUAAGAUAGUAGAACAAAAUGUUACAAACUUGUGAGUCAUCAUUUUUCGGUUCUAGUUUCGAAUAAGAAACCUACUGGAUUUGCACUGAGCUGUCAAAAAUUACGCGAAUAUUUUGAGUUACGGGGGAAUUUACAGAAUGUUCUCACACAAUGUAUGAAGAUGAUAACAUUACCUGUACACCAAAGCGUUACGCACUUUCAGAAGUGACAAAUUCUACUAACUAUGUGUCGCCGACAGCUAACCUCAAGUUGCUAACGAGUGUAGCGUUGCAGGAGAAUGAUCUUGUGAGUUACAGCAAUGUGCCACAAUAUCCAACCCCGCCACCAAGUGCAGUGCACAGGAAGGAAAAGUCACUACAAAUUUUGUGCGACAGGUUCCUGGAAAUGUACCCCCUACACGGAAAUGGGACUGUUGAAAUCCAGUUGGACAGCACUGCAGCCCGAUUGGGCGUUGAGAAAAGGAGAAUGUAUGACAUUAUAAAUAUUUUGGAAGCAAUCCAAUGUGCUGUGCACAAAAGGAAAAACACAUACCUAUGGUAUGGAGGAUCAAGACUGAACUCCUUCUUGAAGAUGCUGAAGAAAAAAGGAGAAAACCUGAAACUGUCAGACGCUCUACGAGGACGUGCCCCGAAGCCACCGGCUCCCAAACACAAGACCCUGGGGGUCAUGGCACAGAGGUUUCUGAUGCUGUUUUUAGUUGAACCACCUAACAAAUUAAUUAAUUUAGAAAUGGCUGUAAGGGUGUUAAUUGACACAAACAACAAAAACAAAGCAGCUCUCUCACCGGAACAGCAAGACCGCCAACACAAGUCUAAGGUCAGAAGGCUUUACGAUAUUGCCAAUGUUUUCAUUUCAGUUGGAUUAAUUGAAAAAGUUUCUGGUAAUAAUACUAUACUGAAAAAACCUGUCUUCAAAUAUGCAGGCCCUAUUACUGAUAAUGUUAUAAUGACUCCCCCAAUCACACCUCUUACUGUGUUUGAUGAACAACAAACACCUAUUUGCCAUGUGUUUGCCGGAAAGUCAAAACGCAAAUUGGAGUUUACAACUCCAACAAGUGUCAAAGAACGGAAACUAAGUGUCGGUUCCCCACCAAACACACCGUCGCAAAAGUGGGAUGAAAUAUUACUUGUAGCUGACAUGGAACUGAAUAAAAUUAACAAUCACAAUGUGUUGUGAUUUCGUAAUUAUAGUGUAUGGUUUAAUAUUUAAACAUACUUUUUAUAUACCAUUGUCUUCCAGGGGGCAUAAUAAUGUUAUAGAGAUAUUAUAUGACUGCUACUUAUUGCUGUAUCUUGAUAUUAUCCUUACAAUGUUGAUAUUAUUUUGCUUUUAUUUAUCAAUACUGCAAUUAAUCUUUAUGCAACUUUUUGCUUGAGACUGUGAGAAGUCAUUUAUUAAUGAAAACUUUAAUCAAGCCUUUGCAAGGAUAAUAACAGAUAUGUAAUAAACUGUUCCUAUAUAGUUUUUUAUACUAUUGUUGCUCAGAAUUUUAUAAAUUAUAUCUUUGUCACAGACAUUUUAGUGCAAUGAAGAAAUCAUUAUUUAAAUAAUGUUUUUAUAUGUACGUAAUAGAAUAUUUUUAAUGUAAAUAAGCAAAAUUUAUUAAUUUACUAGACAUUGAAAUAAAGAUUAAUAUUUAUAGUAUAAUACAGACAUUUUAGAAUUCAGGGUGAAUAUGAAAGUUGAAGACCAAAUUAGUAAAUAUAUUGAUAACAAUGAUCUGUUAGAGUAGGCGCACACCGUCGAUUUUUCGUCGGCCGAUAGUUUAGUCGGGCUGUUGAUCAGUAUGGGCAUGUA